GAAGGAUAUGGUUUAUACACCGAUGGAACAACAUUAUUCAUAAAUGCUUCAACUUGUAACCGCUUCUUUGUGCCAGAAAAUCUCCCUAUUGUGUUUGAUUAUUCCUUACCAAGUGGCCAAACAAAAGAAAAUUACAUUUUUGCCUUAUUUAUGGUCAACAACUCCUAUAUUAUCGUAUUAUGGCUUUAAUUAUUGUUUUACAAAAAAGGGUGUUCAGCCUUAAUAAUUAUUCGGCUGAAAGAACUAUCUUACGCAAGAUAUAAUGUAUUUACACUCCUUGGCUAUUGAUUAUGCUAUUAAAGAAGAGCUCAUCCCAGCGGCGUGGUACAUUUCGGUGUUUCGGACAAAUCAACACUCCGUCGCAAACACCUUGCCCUUGAGCCCGACCGGCAAAUGGUUCCUCAAACAAAAAGAAUUCAAGUUUUAAUUUUGUUUUUAUAAAGCGAAUUAUGUGUUAAGUAAAGUUGUAAUGUUAAGUUAAGUUUGUUUCGUUCCCAAAUGGAGUAAAUACUACAAAAAACUCAUUCAAUUCGUGCAUAACCUCAAAGUGUGAUGUCCUUGUUAAAGUAUGUUUUAUCGUUUUUCUGGAAGACUUCUGCUCCUACCGAAGCCCCUCUCCCCCUAGAUGAGGCCUACAACGUCAUUGCGGAAUGUGAAGAGAAACUCCCAAAUCAAACACCCCAAAAUGAGAAAGAAAAGGAGGAGGAAAUUGGAAGCUAUGAGGUCUUCAGAAAAGUAGGCAAAAUCACUCAAAUUAUUGACGAUGCGUUUAGAAUAGACGAUUUAUACGAUUUUAAAAGUGAUAUAGACGGUCUCCUAGUCGGGUCAAAGAUUUCGUACCAGUUAAUUAAAUCUGCCGAGGGUGAAAUUAAAAUUGUAGACGUCCAUGUCUUGGAAAACGACUGGAACGUGGUAGAUACGGGGAAAAAAUCGUGGCAUGAGCGUAUUUUAAUUUGCAAAGUCGUGAAACGGGACAGUCGGGUGCUUACUUUAAGCCCGGGAGACAUAAUUGUGAAUCUUAACAGUAUUUGCACUGAAUUUAUCCCAAUAGAGGGUGACUGGGUUGAAUUGGACGUAAAGUGUGAAAUUGACGAAAAUGUGAUUGACUUGAACGGGAAAAUCAUCGAGAUCAAUAAAUUGCUACCUUUGAGACCUCAAGUUAAACUCGGGCAUGUGACCCAAUGGGAUUCUAAAAAUAGGUCUGGUGUGGUAGAUAAAAAUAUUUUUUUCGAUAAGGACUCUCUUUAUUGCGGUUACAUUCCCGUCAGGGGCGAUAAGGUUAUCGUCGAGAUAAUCGAAAGCAAUCAAGCGGCUUGCUCGUGGCGAGCUUUAAAAGUUCUCCCAGAUCACUUACAUUUUAAAGAAAAUAAAGAUACGCUUAUCACAAAAGAAGAAACUUGUUACGAUACCCACGACAGUGUCAGUAUUACCGAUAAUAUUAGUCUUACUUUCACCAAAUUGGGCGAAAGUAAGUUAUUUGCCAUGGAAAUAGAGUCUCGAGAGGAAAUACAGUUGGUCUGUAUUGAAAUCCCUAGAGUGAACGGUCAGUGCCGCCUAAGCACCACCAUUGAUCACUACACCCUGAAACCAGCUCGUCCUUUAACAAUUCGGGUGGAAUGCAAAGCUAAAAAUAUCGGCGAAAGCCAGGAACUCCUAAUUUUCCACUUCGAAACAUUCAGAAUAAAACGUUGGAUUAGCAUUAACGUGGCCUCCUACAGGCCGAAAAAUAUUAGAGAAAGUAAGGACGUGAGAAAAGAGGUCGUGUCAAGGGACAAGAAGGAGCUAAUCAAGGGACAAAAAAUCCGCUCAGCUACCCGUUUUCUACCACUUCAUAUGCCAGAUUUUGCUGUCCCUGAAAGACUUUUCAAUUUAAUCACAGCGAAUCGGAACCAAACUAGUUACUUAAAAUCGGAGCUUGAAAGAAUGAAACCAUGCCUUGCCACCACUUUGAACUACAUGAAUUUUGAGGACAAGUUUCAUACUUUGCUUCACUUAGAUGAGAUCCAUGCGCUUUUGGAAAUGCAGAAUUAUGAUCAGGAGAGGGUCUGUUUUGUGAAGAGUGGCGAAUAUUUGCUCCUGCAGAUUGAUAACUUGGCUGAGAGGAGGCCAUCUGUGAUAAUGGGCGAUAGAGUCAUUGCGAGGAGUAUUAAGGAUCCGAAUAGUCCGGAUUUUGAGGGUUAUAUCCACAAGAUAGGGAAGAAUCACGUGUUUAUAAAGUUUUCCCAAAUGUUUCACGACUCGUACGAUGGAGAGGACUACUCCAUUUAUAUAAAGGCAUCCAGAGUUACAUACAGACGGAAGCACUUUGCUGUUAAUUUGGCUGUGAGGAAUUUGGGCAAGGAUUGGCUAUUUCCAACAAAAAUUAUAGAGAAGGAGCCUCAAUUGGAUUUCUCUUUUGAUAACUACGUUGAUUCUUUAAACAAUGAGUCGAACAGUUCAGACUCUUCGGACUCCAAACCUUGUCAUAAUGUGCGGUCGAAGAAAGAGCUUUUGGAGAAAAUUCGAAAGUUCAACGAAAGUACUGAAAAACCUCUCCCAACACGCAAAUUGGAAUGGCAUAACAAAUUCCUCAAUUAUUAUCAGAAAGAAGCAGUGAGGAACAUACUCCUAGGCGUCUGCCGACCAUUGCCUUACAUUAUUUUUGGUCCUCCGGGUACCGGCAAAACAGUUACUGUGGUAGAGACAGUUUUACAAAUUCUGAGGUUGAUGCCUCAUUCUAGAAUUUUAUUGUGUGCACCUUCGAAUAGUGCGGCUGAUUUACUAGCUUUACGUUUGAUCGAUUCAGGUGUUUUGAAACCUGGAGAUUUGAUCAGGAUGGUUGCAAUUACCGCAAUAGGUUCUAUUCCACCUAGGUUAGCUCCGUUUACUGCUACUGCUAACACAGAAAAGGAAGGAACGGAGACUUCUUUGCCUGUAGUUGGCCCAAAUGGUCUUGUAUUGGGAUGUAGUUCUACAGUAUUAGGAAGACACCGACUCACUAUUUGCACUUGUUCAAGUGCUGGUUUAUUAUACUCCAUGGGUUUUUCUAAAGGACAUUUUUCUCAUGUUAUUGUGGAUGAAGCGGGACAGACAUCUGAACCCAGUGUUUUGAUUCCCUUAGCAUUUUUAGACGUUUCAACUGGUCAAGCGAUUUUAGCAGGUGAUCCAAUGCAAUUGGGACCCGUAAUUUUGUCACAUAUUGCUUCCGAAUAUGGCCUUGAGGAGUCAUUUUUGGAACGAAUGAUCUCUCGCUUUCCCUACAUGAAGGAUUCACACGGUUUCCCGAAGACUUUCGGUUACGAUCCGCGAAUGAUUACCAAACUGAUCUACAAUUAUCGUUCCUUACCUAAUAUUCUUAAAUUACCCAGUCUUUUGUUUUAUAAUGAUGAUCUAAUACCAACAAUUUCAGAAGUAGACAGCAAUGAAGCGUCACUUUUAACGCAAUUGGAAGAACUUUUACCGCGUGAUAGAUACGGCAAAACUGCAUCGUUAAUUUUCCAUGGAGUGAUUGGGGAAAAUUUUCAAACGGAGGACUCGCCUUCUUGGUUUAACCCAAACGAGGCUUCGCAGGUGUUUUUCUACAUCAACGAACUCUUUAGAUUAGGAGUGAAGUCGAGUGAUAUUGGGAUCAUAACACCGUAUAAAGCACAGAUAAAACAACUGUUGGAACUGUUCAAAGAAGCUGAUUUUGAUUUUCCAAAAGUCGGCACCGUUGAAGAAUUUCAGGGGCAAGAAUUCAACGUAAUUAUCCUGUCCACAGUGCGCUCAAACAAAAAACAUGUCGCCUCUGAUCUCAAAUAUACCAUGGGUUUUGUGGCGAGUCCUCGCAGACUCAAUGUUGCCAUAACCCGUGCCAAAGCUUUGCUGAUUAUUAUUGGCAAUCCCAAAUUACUAUCAAUGGAUAGGAGUUGGCGUUCUGUUAUCAAUUACUGCAUAGAGAGAGGGAGUUAUAUUGGAUGUCCCUAUGAAAAUUAAUGAUUUUCACUUAUAUUGUUUUAUUUUUUCAAGUUUAAAUAAGAAUAUUUUUAUACUUUA